AUGCAUCUUUCACCCUGGGUCUUUACCUCUUUCCUCACUGCUGCUACCGCGGCUACUCUCAAGGUCAACUACUAUUCCGACGGAGGCUGCUCCGAUUACAUGACCUCGCUCUACCCAGGCUCUGGUUGGUCCUGCGUCGACUACGUCUGGUCCGGCUCAAACAGCAUGAACAUCGCCGACUGCACUUUUCCCAAUGGAAAGUGCGUCUGCACCUUUUACACCCAGCCACACUGUAAGGGGGCCUCCCAGGAUGUUGUCUACCCCAACGACAACUGUGCCUCGAACUGGGGCCGCGGAUUCUAUUCCAUGAAGUGCGGUGUCGUGCACGACAGCUGA